CGCCGCGGAGUGUGGGUUCUCCGUUCGGCUCGCUCCUCCUCCUGCCCCGCCCAAAGGUUGCCUAGCUCCAAGUGGGACCCUUUACCCCUCGCAGUCCGGGGGUAGGAUCCAGAUCACCAGCCGCGCGCGGGCGGACCCGAGGCGGCGUCCCCGGGACGGUAGCGAGGAGCGACGCUGCUGCCCGCGUUCUUGUUCGCAGCUUGAGGCCGUCAGCCCCCGUGGCUGGCUUCUGGCUGUACGAGUCUGGCUGAGCACAUUGUCGCUGCUGAAGAGCAGCUCCUGAUAAGCGCUAUUGGAAGGAGACUCGUGCUGGGACUUCUCCGCGGAAGGGCUGCCUCAGACUUUCAGAGCUAGAAGAUCCAGCCAUGAGCUACCCAGGCUACCCCCCACCGGCUGGCGGCUACCCUCCAGCUGCACCAGGUGGUGGUCCUUGGGGAGGUGCUGCCUACCCCCCGCCCAACAUGCCCCCCAUCGGGCUGGAUAACGUGGCUAGCUACGCUGGACAGUUCAACCAGGACUACCUUUCAGGAACGGCAGCCAACAUGGCUGGGACCUUCGGAGGAGCCAACGUCCCGAACAUGUACCCUGGGGCCCCCGGGGGUGGUUAUCCUCCCAUUCCCCCUGGGGGGUUUGGGCAGCCGCCAUCUGCCCAGCAGCCUGUCGCCCCUUAUGGAAUGUACCCGCCCCCUGGAGGAAACCCACCCUCCGGGAUGCCUGCCUAUCCGCCAUACCCAGGAGCUCCUGUGCCAGGUCAGCCCAUGCCGCCCCCCGCGCAGCAGCACCCAGGGGGUUACCCUGGGCAACCACCAGCGACCUACCCUGGGCAGUCACCGAUGCCCCAUCCUGGGCAGCAACAGCAGCCAGUGCCGAGCUACCCAGGAUACGCAGGGUCCGGGCCUGUCACCCCCGCCGUGCUCCCAGCCCAGUCUGGAAACCGAGGCACCAUCACAGAUGCUUCUGGCUUUGAUCCCUUGCGAGAUGCUGAAGUCCUGAGGAAAGCUAUGAAAGGCUUUGGAACUGACGAGCAGGCCAUCAUCGACUGCCUGGGGAGUCGCUCUAACAAGCAGCGACAGCAGAUCCUCCUGUCCUUCAAGACAGCUUAUGGGAAGGAUUUGAUCAAAGACCUGAAAUCUGAACUGUCAGGAAAUUUUGAGAAGACCAUCUUGGCUCUGAUGAAGACCCCCAUCCUCUUUGAUGCUUAUGAGAUCAAGGAAGCCAUCAAGGGGGCUGGCACCGAUGAAGCCUGUCUGAUUGAGAUCCUAGCCUCCCGCAGCAACAACCACAUCCGGGAACUGAGUGGAGCUUAUAAAGCAGAAUUCAAAGUGUCCCUGGAGGAUGACAUUCGAAGAGAUACGUCAGGACACUUCCAGCGGCUGCUCAUCUCUCUCGCUCAGGGAAACCGGGAUGAAAGCACAAAUGUGGACAUGACACUCGUCCAAAAAGAUGCCCAGGAUCUAUAUGCAGCUGGGGAGAACCGCCUGGGGACAGAUGAGUCCAAGUUCAAUGCAGUUCUGUGCUCCCGGAGCCGGGCCCACCUGGUGGCAGUUUUCAACGAGUAUCAGCGGAUGACGGGGAGAGACAUUGAGAAGAGCAUCUGUCGGGAGAUGUCCGGGGACCUGGAGAAGGGCAUGCUGGCUGUGGUGAAGUGUCUCAAGAACACCCCCGCCUUCUUUGCUGAGAGGCUCAACAAUGCCAUGAGGGGAGCAGGGACGAAGGACCGAACCCUGAUUCGCAUCAUGGUAUCCCGCAGCGAGAUCGACCUCCUGGACAUCAGAUCGGAGUAUAAGCGUCUGUACGGCAAGUCGCUGUACCACGACAUCACGGGAGACACUUCAGGGGAUUACCGGAAGAUUCUGCUGAAGAUCUGCGGGGGCAACGACUAAGUGUGGCUGGUGUCUGCCCGCUGGCAAUGGCAGUGCCAGGAAAAGGCCGAAAGAAUGUCCAUCUAUUUCUGACCCACAAAGCAAUCCCGGAGAUUUCCCAGCACGGGCCUCCCACAGAGCCUCGGCCCCGCCCUCUGCCUGCCCCUGCUGGCCUGCUGUCCUGCUCUUGCACAGGAUGAGGGUUAGCCUGAACUCUGGGGAUUCCUGUCACCCCCAUCCCGCACAGCCUCUUGCUGCUAAAGUAGAUGUUCUAUUUCCUGGCCCAUGCAAUCAUCCCCCUUUGCUGUGGCUGAGACUCUUGGCUUUAUUUUAAUCAUGUAAUUUUUAUAUUUUUAUUUGGAAGCAACUUUUUUUUUUUUUUUAAUAGUCAUCACCAGACAGAUGUACACAAGUUUCUUUGCUGCAUACACAUUUUGGGUGGGAGAAGUUGGGUGGGGCAGCACUAGGGAGAAAAGGGUAGAUCGUUACAGGGUGAUCUUUACAUCUGGUAGGAAUGUGCCAUGGGCUUUGUUAUUGCCAAACAUACUCCUUUUUAGAGGGGGGGAAAAAAAGGCCAGAAAGUCAUCUGUUCCUUCUUUCAUGCAAAACCAUGAGAACAAAGCCAACUCCCUGUCCGUAACAGGGUUUCUUGUAAUUUGGAAUGUGCCUUAAACCUGAAUGUUGAUAGCCAAAAGCUGUUUCUAAAUUAAAGUCAGCCAGCUCUGGAACGUUCUGGAAAUGUUA